GCGCGGCGGGAGCGAAACCGCUUGGUCGGCAGCGUGUGGCGGCUGCAGGCUCUACAACACUCGUUCGGCGCUCGUUGUCUCCUCUACAUGAUUCCUCCGCGAGAUUCGAAUUGCGCCGUCUGGAGGACGCCGGUGGUGAGGGCGACAACAUGCGUCUCUGCGUGGGACGUUGGCUACAAGUUCUGCAUCUUUUGCUAAGGAAGAGACUUGAUGACAUGGUUGAAGAGCAGGAAAGCCCUGGGAACUGUGGUGAAACCAUGACACUUUCCGUACAGAGGAUUGUUGAAAAAGAGGUGGCAAAUGGCUGCCACGCUGAGGAUGUUACUGGUGAUGGACCUCUGGCAGCUAAACGUCUGCGCUUGGAUGAUAGUGAACAGUACCUUGUGUGUGACUGUGACAUUUUAGGAACCAUUGACAGUGUUGUGAGCUCCUUCCCGGUUGAGCAUGAUGACGUCUGGAAAGAAGAGGUCCGAAAGUUCUCCGCUCGCCAUUGCAACAUCGAUAAGCUUGAGCGUGAAUUUAUUCACAUUGACAUUGCCUUUGACAAAAUGGAGCGCGAUCUGCAGAAGUUGAAAGAGAAAAAGAGUCGUGAUGAAAUUGCCUUGUUGUCACCUCCCGAACUUCACUUUUUUGACGUAUUCGUCAAUGCUGACCGCAGCUUCAAGAAGCCACAGACCACCAUUGCCCGAAUUCCAGCUUCACCCUUAACAACUAAUGCGAAUGCGGGCACUACAAACAAGGCAUCCCCUAGUUUUGACGAAAUCAUUCCUGUUGGUCCCGUUGGGAAGUUGACUCCAGCGCCCAGCAACCUUCCUCCGGAGGGUCCCAUUGUUCGCAAGGAAUUGGAGAUUUCGUCAAAGGUCCUGGCCACUCGCAACUUUCCACUGGGAGUAUUUUACAAGGCACGGAUCAUCCAGAUCCAGGACACUAAGGAUGCUGGCUCCGAACCGACGUAUCGGGUGAAAUACGAGACACGCAGGACUAACAUAAACGCUCGUGCUCUCAAGUGGUACCACAAGCGAGAGUUGGCAUACGCCGAGCGAUCGACGGUCAUUCUGCCGGUCGGCACUCGAGUGGUGGCCACUUACUCUGAUGAAUCGGUACCUCCCCGGCACUCGUUGUACGCAGGACUCAUUGCCGAGCCGCCAAAGCCCUUGAACAAGUACAGAUACCUUGUGUUUUUCGACGAUGGCUAUGCGCAAUAUGUGGAUGUUGACAAAGUGUUCUUGAUGUGUGGUUCCUCUCCGAAUGUGUGGGAGGACAUGUACCGUGAUGUGCGUGACUUUGUGAGUAAAUAUCUUGAGAAGUACCCCGAGAGACCGAUGCUCCGGCUUCGCAAAGGCCAGACCGUCAAGACCGAGUGGAAUGGCAACUGGUGGAUGGCGCGGGUGCUCACUGUGGAUUCCAGUCUGGUUAAGAUGUCGUUUGAGGCUGACAACCGCACCGAGUGGAUCUACCGCGGCUCGACGAGGUUUUCGCCUCUAUAUAUGGCACUCAGCCAGCCUCCGCAGAACACGGCUGCUACAGGUGGCCGCGUGCGCCGUCACAACCUGGUGCCUGUUGCAAACAAGCAGCACCGACCAUUCGUCCAGUACACGCGCACCCUGGAGGAUGAGCCUGCCGAGAACAGGGGCGACGAUGACAGCGGUGAAGACUCUUCGAAGAAAGCAGCAAUGCGUAAUGUUGCGCGCAAGUCGACCACCCAGGACCGCAAGAUUAGUGACAAGGAUGACAACGAAAGGAAUGAACUCGGUGUCCUCUUGUCCCAGGCUGGCACCCGGGAGGUGAAUCGGCCAGAUAUCAAGGAAGGUGUUGUGUGUAAGCGCAUUUCGUACAAGGCACACAGCUGUGCAUCAUGGUGCGUGAAGGAUGAUGAUCCCGAUGUCCAUUUGGGGAAAAACCCCCUCUCAAUUCCAUGCUUGCUUGGCUGGGAAAGGCAAAUUGUAAAGCAGAGCAAGAGAAGCAAGCGGAGAGUCUUCUACGUUGCCCCCUGUGGGAGGCGGUUGAGGAAUAUCGACGAAAUUGUUCACUACCUGGAGCUCUGCAAGUCGCACCUGACUGUAGACCUGUUCUGUUUCGACAGCCUAGUCAAUGUUUUCUGUCAGUUUGUGCCUGAGGUGGUGCGGAGCUAUCUUGAAGACAUCACCUAUGGCAAGGAGCAGUUGCCUGUAUCUUGUGUAAAUAGCCUUGAUGGGGGGUACCCUACAUUUGUAGACUAUUCGUCUGCACGUUAUCCAGGGAAAGGUGUGCAACUGAACUUAGACCCCGAUUUCCUUUGCGGCUGCGAUUGUGAAGACGACUGCCAGGACCGGGAGAAGUGCAGCUGCCAGCAGCUGACCAUUGCAGCGACGGAGGCACUGACCACUGGCAAGAACCCGAACGCGGGCUACCACUACCGCCGGCUGCAGGAGCCUCUCAUCACGGGCAUCUAUGAGUGCAACUCGCAGUGCCGAUGCUCGCGCCGCUGUUACAACCGUGUAGUGCAGAAUGGUCUGCGUGCCCGCCUGCAGAUAUUCAAGACUGAGAAGCGGGGCUGGGGCAUCCGUUGCCUCGAUGACUUGCCCCAGGGAAGCUUCAUCUGUGUCUACUCCGGCCAGCUGCUAAAUGAGCAAGCUGCUAAUGAGGACGGCAACCAAUAUGGGGACGAGUACCUGGCUGAGUUAGACCACAUUGAAGUUGUGGAAAAGCAGAAGGAGGGUUACGAGAGCGAUGUCGUCCCAGCUUCGGAGGACAACAGUGACGAGAGCGUUGAUGAAGAGGAGGCCCGUGAAGGCUUAUCCGAUACAGACUACGACUCUGGUUGCCCUGAUACUCCGAGAGAAAGAAGUUCAAGAGUUCGAAAGCAGAGGGUGCCGCCGACCGAGGACUCCUCGGACAGCAAGGCAAACGACGAUGAAGACAGCACAAGCAACGACGAAGCACAGAAAGUGAACGGUGUCAGAAUCAAGGAGGAUGAUCACGCAGAAAGCAAACCAAGUUCAAAGGAGAGCUCUCCCGUAAAGUCUGACAAGUCCGUAGACGACGAGCCGUGGCACACGAAAAGCACCAAAGACAUCAAGCCGCCCGACACAGCAGGUGAAGAUAGUCAGUCGAGCACCAAGUCUGAAAAUGUAAAGAUAACAAAGAAGACGAAAAAGCAAACAGCUAACAAAAGCAGUACAUCCAAGCCGACCACUGGACCUCUGGAUGGCCCUAGCAAAGGUGGCGAAUCUCAAGUCUCCAAGUUUCCACCGACACGCAGCUUCUUCAACGAAGAGUUCUGCUACAUCAUGGAUGCAAAGAAUUGUGGCAAUAUCGGCCGCUAUCUGAACCAUAGCUGUUCACCAAAUGUUUACGUCCAAAAUGUGUUUGUUGACACCCAUGACUUGAGGUUUCCGUGGGUGGCAUUCUUUGCAGCCAGGUACAUCGCAGCAGGUGUGGAACUAACAUGGGACUACAACUACGAUGUUGGAAGUGUGCCUGAACGUGUGAUGUACUGCCAGUGUGGGUCAGAAGAGUGCAGAGGACGGUUAAUAUGAACCAAAGUGCUCACACAGACUGAUGGAUGACAAUUGUAUAAAGACAGAAGUGCUGCUGCCCAUGUUCAGGCGCGUGUAUGUGGUGGACGUUCCCAUGUCAAAUUCCUACAUUUUGUGUUAUUCUUUUUUUUUUUUUGGUUGCAGCUCAUUUAACUGCCAUUAUGUUCCUUGUCUCAUUCACGUCCCUGUUAAUAUACCUGACCUUGUGUUCCAACACGGAAAUGAGUUGUACAUAAAUAAAUUCAAUGUUGACAACCCUUU